AUGUCGCUACUGGAAGAGCCGUCCAAAGAUAGCUGGGAUCUCAAGGCCUAUCGCAUCGAUAUCCCCGCGCAUGCCGGUCCCAACCAGUUCGCCUCUUCAUCCAUACAACAGCAGCAAGACAAGACCGACGCCGAGAAAGAGAACGACGAAGGCGGAUUCUUCUACAUCCCCAACUUCAUCACCGAGGACGAGGAGCGCUUCCUCACCGAAGCCAUCCUUUCCGCACCAAAACCAAAAUGGAAAGUGCUGCAGAACAGAAGGCUGCAGGAAUGGGGCGGGCAGAUGCUCGCCAAGAACAACACAUUGAUGCCGCAACCCAUGCCUGACUUUUUCACCACCUAUCCGGACCUCAUCACUCGGCUGCGCAAAACCGGCGCGUUUGAUGAAUCGAAGCAUGGCGAACCGAACCAUUGCCUCGUGAACGAAUACCUUGCUGGACAGGGAAUCAUGCCGCACGAAGACGGACCUGCCUACUUUCCUGCCGUGGCCACCAUCAGCUUGGGAUCGCACACUCUUCUCGAUGUCUACAGAUACGUCGACGAGGAUCUGCAGAGAGACUUUGAAGAACGAAUGAAGGAGCAUGACGAUAAAGUCUCCAACGUCAACAACUCCGAGGCAACUUGUGAAGCAGAUCCGACCAAAUCCAAGAUCGUACCAAAAGAGAGGGUGGAAGGCAACGUCAAGAUUGUACGCGGUGCGAGGGCAAGAGAGCCGAAUCCGGUCUUCUCCAUCUUGCAAGAGCCGAGAUCGCUGCUCAUCACCACGGGCGCCGUCUACAAGUCGUAUCUGCAUGGCAUCGCUGAAAGAGAGGUUGACACGGGUGCUCAGCUGGCACACGUAGUCAACGCGGCUUUGCUGGAUGAUGCGCAGCUGCGAAGCAAGGUGGAAAGGGCCAAGUCUCGAAGCGGUGACGUCAAGACCGGAACGACGGACGACGAGGCAAAGGAUGAAGGGCUGUCAAGAAGAACGCGAUUGAGUCUCACAUUCCGGGACGUUGAAAAGGUCAGCAAGGGCGUAGCAGCGAUGAUGGCCUACUUGCAAGGCGGUAAAAAGUAG